AUGUCAACUGCCCAGCCUACCGCAAAAGCGGUCACAAGACUGCGAAUCCGACCUCCACCCCCUCGAAAACAAGGUCCACGACCCACAAAACUCGAACCUGCCUUUAGACCCGUCCCGGCCUCGCAGCUCGUGUCGAGCCAGGGCAAUGGCUACAACCUCUACGUUCCUCCGCUUCGCAAACUCGUUUUUGAGUAUUGUGAACGCAGCGAGCAAUCAGCCCGCACGAGAUCCUAUCUUUUAACUCACGUCGAGGACUUGGCCAGGGCGAAUCCUCACGUCGAAGUCGUCGUAAAGACUCGCUCGCAUAAACCGCCAGUCGUUCGAGGUUUAUAUCUCAACAACAGGGACAAGGUCAUCUCCCUCAUCGGACUCGAAGAAAACGGCAUCGUCUCCAAAGUCAAACUGAUAUUAGAGUCUACGGGCGCUAAAAUCAAACCUCUCAAACGAGACCCGGUCGUCAGUGUCACGCCGUCGGCCAGAGGCAUCUGGAGCAGUCUGCACGAGCAGAAUCCCUACGACAUAUAG